AUGGUGUUGAGGAUCUACGCGCCUUUAUUCGCUUCAUCGAAGAGAGCAGUGGUGACGCUAGUGGAGAAGGGAGUACCGUUCGAGACCGUCCAUGUCGAUCUCAUGAAAGGAGAGCAAAGGCAGCCUGAGUAUCUUGCGAUACAGCCUUUUGGUAAAAUCCCUGUUCUUGUCGACGGGGACUACAAAAUCUUCGAGUCGCGUGCGAUCAUGAGGUACAUAGCAGAGAAGUUCAGGUCACAAGGACCAGAGCUAUUGGGGAAGACUAUUGAAGAGAGAGGACAAGUAGAGCAAUGGCUAGACGUGGAGGCAACAAGCUACCACCCACCACUUCUGGCUCUAACACUCAACAUUGUCUUUGCACCGCUCAUUGGUUUUCCCGCUGAUGAGAAAGUUAUAAAGGAGAGUGAAGAGAAGCUUGGAGAAGUGCUUGACGUCUAUGAAGCACAGCUCUCAAAGAACGAAUACUUGGCUGGAGACUUUGUGAGUCUAGCUGAUUUAGCUCAUCUUCCUUUCACCGAGUAUCUCGUGGGUCCGAUUGGGAAGGCUCACUUGAUCAAAGAUAGGAAGCACGUGAGCGCGUGGUGGGAUAAGAUUAGUAACCGUGCUGCGUGGAAAGAGGUUUCUGAGAAGUACGCAUUGCCGGUCUAA